GUCGUCCACAUUGCGAAAGGACAAUUUAUGCAAUGUGUAUAAUACUAUCAAACGCUUCAUCCCACGUGGACCUUCUCAGUUUUUCUAUCCACCAAAUGAACUUUCUUUGCCGGGUAGUGUAUUGACCUCACACGGGGGGGCUUUGGUGGGUAGAGUCCAGACUAGAUUGGAUGAAUGGAACAUGCACUGGGAAACAACAGUCAACAGUCACACUAUACUAUUGUCGCCCUCGACAAACAAUGGUUCAAUAACGGUCCCUUUACCGCACGCUGGGACCCUUUCCUAUUAUGCUGAUAUCAGUUCGCGUUCACUGCGGCGGGAUUUUGAAUUCGUGGAUUGCGCAGGCUUCCCAACUACAAACUUGUAUCCGCUCCAGAGGUCAUGUUGACGAUGACGAGCCAUUUCUAAUAGAUAUGAGCUUUGAUCUUCACGUCGACCCGGACAAGAGGUACGACCCCUUUCGUCUCUGCAAUACAUUCAUGGCCGAAGACCAUCAUAUGCUCUCGUUAUCAAUAAGCGCUCCCUCCGUUGAUUAUCAGACCAACAAGGUGUCCUGGCCUGUCCUUACAUGGUUCUAUGACGCGGACUCAGAGAUGUCCUCGGUUGAAGUAGAAGAAGUUUUCGGCGUGAAGCUUCUAAAACGGGGGGACUCGUGGGCGCGGCCUGUGUCCAAAACGGUGCUUACAACCAUACCCGAGUUGAACGCCGACUAUGGAUUCGACCCAGCCCGUGGGGGCGCGGACGUCUGCGAGUAUUUUGGGUGGCCGCUCAUGGAGAUCCUCGACGAUUCCACAGGAGGUAGGAAGAUCUGGGUUCGUUGUGUGUAUGGCCUCUGAUAGAAUGUAAUAGAUUGGAUGCCUUUACAUGGUACCG